CCAACGGUUAGCCAGCAUCUGGCUAGCGAGACAUGCUAACGAUGCUGAAGUUGGUUUCUUAUUGGAGAAGCUGCACAGUCACCAGGAGCGGAGCUUUAAAGACAAACUAAUGUCUCUCCUCACUCGGAGUGGCAGUCAAAACACUGCCUGCACACCUGCAGCCUCUCUCCGGUCCAAACUUACCGACAGACGGAGGGCUGUGGAUCCAGCUUCCUCUGCGGCGGUCAAAGUGGAGGAGGAGGAGGCGAGGAUCUCGGAGCAAAAACCCUCGCCGGCCUCCUUAUCAACGGGUUGUUGCCCUGAGCGCCUCCCCGACAGCACAGUGCAUCCAAAAACAGAAACAAAUGCUCAGCCGCUAUCUUCACACAGCCGCAGGAGGAGACAGCUGAAAGUGGAAUAUGACAAGGAUAAAGGCGUUGCACCGGUGAAGACUGAGCACUGGGAACCUCUGGACUGGAACAAGCAACUGGGAUACAUUCGUGAGAUGAGAAGCAGCCGUGAUGCACCUGUAGAUAAAAUGGGAGCAGAGAAAUGCUACAAUCCAGAGGCCCCUGCACAUGUGAGGCGUUUCCAGGUGUUGGUUUCGCUCAUGCUCUCCAGUCAGACCAAAGACCAGGUGACAGCGGCAGCCAUGCAGAAGCUCCGAGCUCACGGCUGCACUGUAGAAAAUAUACUCGCUACUGAUGAUGAAACACUGGGAAAACUCAUCUACCCCGUCGGCUUCUGGAAGACCAAGGUGAAGUAUUUGAAGCUGACAUCAGCCAUGCUGCAGAAAGAGUUUGGCGGGGACAUCCCAGACAGUGUGGUGGGGCUCGUCCGCCUGCCAGGAGUUGGACCAAAGAUGGCUCACUUGGCUAUGGACAUUGCCUGGGACCAAGUGUCUGGCAUUGGUGUGGACACACAUGUGCAUCGUAUCUCUAAUAGGCUGGGCUGGCUCAGGAAACCAACCAAGAACCCGGAGGAAACACGCAAAGCCCUGGAGGAAUGGUUGCCAAGGGACCUGUGGAGUGAGAUCAACUGGUUGCUCGUGGGGUUCGGACAGCAGGUUUGUCUACCGGUCAACCCUCUGUGCUCUGUGUGUCUGAACCAGCACAGCUGUCCAUCUGCCCACAAGAACUCUCCUACAAAGAGGCCUAAAGCUGGAUCCCCACACUCACCGAGUCCGACCUCUUCCUUUAAAACAAAAACUGAACCUGAACAGGAACCUGCUUUUAAAUACGAGAGGACAAAGACGGAGCCGCUGAACACACCUGUUUCCCCGACCACACAGAGGAGGAGGCUAAAAAGCAAAGUUAAUAACUGAUUUAGUUGUAAUCCAAGUUUUGUCUGAUCUGUGACCAAAUGCUGGACAAGAAGAGGUCCAGUGAGUAGGAUUUAGUGGUAUCUCACACUGAGAUUGCAGUUUUCAAACUCAUAAAAAAUACAAAAAGCCCCAUCUAGAGUGAGUGUUUGGUUUGUUUGUUCUCUGUAACCAGGGACAGUUUAGUGCACGUGACAGCUUCACACUCAGAAUUAUGCAGGGGGUAUAUAUCACAGGAAAUGGAAAACAAGACCUGCCAUGAAAUGCACCCCACCUGCUUAAUUUUGUUCCUUUUUACCACAGCAUGAGGUACCUUUAACGUAAUACAUUUGGUGCCAAUAUAUGUAUGAGUUUGAUAGGUCUGACAACAGAACAGUCAGUGGUGGGUGGGGGAUUUAUUUAUUGUUUU